UUCAACAACACCAUGUUGAACACAAACAGCCUCAUCUCGGCGCUAUAUUCCACUCUCCAUCAAAAACAACGACAGUGUGGUGGAGUAAGACUAUCUCUCACUAUUUAGGGACACACAUAAAGCGUUAGGCUGUUGAAUUCGCUUAGCCAGAUUUAAAUUACUUUAUCUUGCCAGGUUAAUUAGUUGUGAUAGAAGAUAGCAAGUUGACGCUAGCUAAGCUAACGUAAAUAUAACGUCAUUUCCCUCCACGGUUUAACGGUUAAACGUUAGGGGCACUGAUUAACGUCAAGGGUUGAAUCCUAGCUAACCGUCAACUAUCCAACACUACUGUGUACGCUGUGUAUUUCUGUCUGAGCGGUGUGUGGACGACACCAGUGCUCGGUUGAUUUACCGAGGUGGACGUUACGCCAGAUUUAAAGUAGCAGGCAGCUAACGUUAGGGGAUUGCGCUCGGUAGAGCAUUAAGCUAACACGCGGCCAAGCAGCGGGUUGAGAAUUAGUUUAUUCCGACUUCACCCGUCACAUAUACCCGUGAGAUUGAGCUCUCUGCGGGGGUCUGCCUGAGCUCCGUCCACCGUCCCAUGCCCUCUGCGUGGCUGGGAGAGAGUUAGCCGGUGGAGCCGAAGCGGUUACCGACCAGCAGUCCUGUUAAACAUGGAGGAUGAAGAGGUCGCAGAGAGCUGGGAAGAGGCAGCGGACAGCGGGGAAAUCGAGAGACGACUUGAGGCUAAACUGAAAAUAAAUCAGGAGGCAAAGAAGUCCAGCUUGGGUUCGGGUGGCUCACCUGUUCAAACUGCCAUUGUAAUCCAGGAUGACUCUCUGCCUGCAGCACCCCCACCACAAAUUAGAAUUUUGAAACGUCCGUCAAAUAACGGUACCGCGGGAAACCUUGCGUCCUCGACUCGUCCCUCUCAGCAGAUGAAGUCUUUGGCCCAGCGGGAGGCCGAGUACGCAGAAGCCCGGAGAAGGAUCUUGGGCAGUGCGUCUUCAGAUGAUGCGCCUCAGGAAAACCCUUCCCAGGACAGGCCAGCUCGUAUGAGUGUGCAGCAACCAUUGGAACCAGUUCGUCCAAACAAUCAUGUGAUCCGCCAGCCCACCGGCCCAGAUGGCACCUCAGGCUUCAGACUCUUCAGAUAAAGAGGCGCUACCUGCUGCAAGGAAACAGCUGUCUCCCUGAGAGGGCAUACAGGGUGGCAGUUCAAGGGGUUGUGUGUGAUAUGACGAGCAGAGUGGUGGGAUGACACCAAAUUCGACAGACAUUAGAAACAUGAAGACAUAGCAUGGAUUGAAAUAAACUCCUCCACCCUCUAUCUACUCUGCUUUCUGGCAUGGUCUUUGCCUUUCGCCUUGUCUCUUCCUUCUGUGGAAUGUGCAAGGGGCUAGCAGAGAUCAGCCAAAGAUCUGAAACCCCUUCUGUUCCACACUGUGAACAGGCUUUUGCCUCACAUCCCUACACACUGUGAUACUCUGAUGUUCCAUGAGGUGCCCUGCGUUUUUACGUACGAUUGGCCGGCCGAGUGCCAGGGCACCGGGUGCCUGUCUCUGCAGUGAGAAUAAGGGGAGCUCGUGAAUCUGUGGGAAUUCCCCAGAGAGGUGCACGCGAGGGAGCUGGCCUUUCCACUGACGGAGUGUGGAUCGUGGCUGGGUGUCCACCGGGUCGCUGGCCUCAGUUUUUUUGGGGUUCAGCGGAAAUUAAGUGUUUGACAGUGCUGAGAGCUUUACUGUGGGUUCAGCAGCUUGAGUGAAAGGUAAGAAAAAGUCAGACUGAUCCAACACUUUGAGUAAAAGGGCACCGUAGUUUCAGAGCAAUGGCAGAGGCCCAGAGCAGCAUGUCCCACAGGGCAGAGGCCUCUGUUGGGCUCUGGUGGCUAUUACAGAAAUGCCCGGUGGGCACACAGCCUUUGGCCAAAGAUUACAGAUCGGAAGGUCAGAAUGUCACUAAAUCUAAGUUUAUUCAAGCAAUAAAGACGAAGUCACUCCCUGGAUCGUUUUUUUUUACAUUUGCCCAUUUACCUGUGCUGUGUUUUCAAAUCAUGUUUUGUUUUAAACAGCUGACAAUGUUUCUUCAUGUUUGUGUUUAAUUCAGGAGAUCAGUAGUGUAUCAGAGAUUAAAUGAUGUAGCCUCCAUACCAAACUUUAUUGGUAGUCAUUUUAAAUUAGAUCAAAGUGGAUAAAAACAACAGAUCUUGAUUAUUGAAUUGAAAGUCUUAAGUUAUGCAUAUGUGUCCCUGUGUGUUUGCCUUGCUAUUUCUAAACGGAAGUGCUGAGUUGGAACAUAUCUUAGGGCCAACUGCACUGCAUCUGUUUAGAAAAGAGGACUUGGAACUGUUUCAAAUAUUUUGAGUGAUUGCGUUAUUGGGUUAUGUUUUGGUCUUCAGAAAAAACUAUUUGAUGCUCCGCUUGGCGGAUGACACAGUCACAUGACAACUACGUUAUUUGGGAAAGAGACAGGGAAAUUUCUAUCAAACUACAAAAAGGAUCGCAAAGAUAUUAGAAAGCUCCGUGUCCUUCAGAACGAAGCCAAACUCCGCUGCCUGGUUUUGAUGAAUGUUUUUCAUGUGAAGGGAUUUUACAUCAUUGUUUGCCACUGAUUAAAAGUAAAAGUUUGCAAAACAUGAAAUCAAUAAUCUCAUCCAAUACUGAUGAUUACUGCAACCAUUUUGAGCCCUUUGACACUUGUAUGCCUUAAAUGACAGAUGAUCCCUGGUUACACGUGUUCACUUUCCAGUCGUGCUUGUUCGUCUUCAGCUUUUUGUGCACUUGUGAUAGCUUUAUUAUUUUACUCGAUACACCCUGUCAUUAACAUACAGUUAAUAGCUGCUAGAGUGUUAGGUAAAUACAAAAUCACACUUAGUCAAGGUGCAAUAAUGAUUUUCUUACAGAAACAUUCAUGACUGCUUAGACUAUUUAUGCAAAUAAUUUCCAGUGACCGUAAAACCAUUGAUUGGAAAUAUUCACAAGGAAAGAAUAAAUUGAAACAUAAAUGAAAUAACUUGCCUCCACACAGCAGCAAACCUAUCAAUAUGGCUGAUGCAUUUGUGCCACUUGUUCCAACCUCACUCACUAAAACAGAAUAGACAUUUAGGGUCAGAGGAGUGCGUAGUUCACUAAUCUCUGGGAGUUAAGGAUUACUUUUGUUGUUCGAUGACAGCAUUAGAAGUUUUCCAUUGCAGCUCUAAUAUCUAAUUUCUUUUUGAUAGUACAGCCUACACUGUAGUCUUAAUAUACUGUUCCCAGGGAUCUGGUUCAAAUAAAAUGGAUUUGUUAUUUAAAAUUGAUCAUUAAUAGCGAAACCCAUCCUGUAUCUGUGCGAUCUAGACAUUAAACUCUGCUUCAGUCCUUCACAGCCCCCUGUCUACUUUAAGGCUGUUUGAUGUCAUUCUUGUUUUGAAACUUGAAAACCACAAAUGAAAUUUGAAUACCCUUUAAUAAACACACUUCAAACUUG